AUGAAGCGAGAACGCUUAAAUGAGUUCUCAUUUAAGAGAACUUUAUGUUCUCCCAACAUAAACUUGAGCGAGAACGCUACAAAACCCGACAUAAACUUGAGCGAGAACGCUACAAAACCCAACAUAAACUUGAGCGAGAACGCUACAAAACCCAACAUAAACUUGAGCGAGAACGCUACAAAACCCAACAUAAACUUGAGCGAGAACGCUACAAAACCCGACAUAAACUUGAGCGAGAACGCUACAAAACCCAACAUAAACUUGAGCGAGAACGCUACAAACCCCAACAUAAACUUGAGCGAGAACGCUACAAACCCCAACAUAAACUUAAGCGAGAACGCUACAAAACCCAACAUAAACUUGAGCGAGAACGCUACAAAACCCAACAUUAACUUGAGCGAGAACGCUACAAAACCCAACAUAAACUUGAGCGAGAACGCUACAAAACCCAACAUAAACUUGAGCGAGAACGCUACAAAACCUGACAUAAACUUGAGCGAGAACGCUACAAAACCCAACAUAAACUUGAGCGAGAACGCUACAAACCCCAACAUAAACUUGAGCGAGAACGCUACAAACCCCAACAUAAACUUGAGCGAGAACGCUACAAAACCCAACAUAAACUUGAGCGAGAACGCUACAAAACCCAACAUAAACUUGAGCGAGAACGCUACAAAACCCAACAUAAACUUGAGCGAGAACGCUACAAAACCCAACAUAAACUUGAGCGAGAACGCUACAAACCCCAACAUAAACUUGAGCGAGAACGCUACAAACCCCAACAUAAACUUGAGCGAGAACGCUACAAAACCCAACAUUAACUUGAGCGAGAACGCUACAAAACCCAACAUAAACUUGAGCGAGAACGCUACAAACCCCAACAUAAACUUGAGCGAGAACGCUACAAACCCCAACAUAAACUUGAGCGAGAACGCUACAAACCCCAACAUAAACUUGAGCGAGAACGCUACAAAACCCAACAUAAACUUGAGCGAGAACGCUACAAAACCCAACAUAAACUUGAGCGAGAACGCUACAAAACCCAACAUUAACUUGAGCGAGAACGCUACAAAACCCAACAUAAACUUGAGCGAGAACGCUACAAACCCCAACUAA